AUGGAAACAUUCCUUCUGAACUUGGGCACCUGUCAAUUUAAUCGAUUGGGAAACGAUCAAUCAAGCCCUGAGCUAGGCUUCCUUGCUUCCCUGAUGAAAUUGAAGCAACUCCAGACUCUGCAACUAGGAGGCAAUCCAUUAAAUGGAACUUUCCCAAGAUCUUUCCCUGUUGGUAAUCUAUCCAUGUCUCUUGUGACAUUUCUUGUGGGUGGGAGUGGCAUUAGAGGCCAAAUUCCUACUGAAAUUGGGAACUUGACCAAGCUAAUCUGGCUAGGCCUGGAAUACUUGGAUCUUUCACAGAAUAAUCUUUCUGGUGUCAUUCCCAUAUUCCUAGAGAAACUUCAGUAUCUUGUCUAUUUAAAUGUUUCUUUCAAUCAUCUUACUGGGAAAAUACCUUAUGGAGGAACUUUUAGAAACUUUUCUGCUCAAUCUUUUACGGGUAAUGAUGCUUUAUGUGGGUUGCAGUUUGGAGCUUGUGAGAGUCUUGAACAUGGGGAGUCAAUAAAAGUGAGGAGUAUGUUAAAGUGUGUUCUGCCACCACUUGCACUGAUAGUACUUGUAGCCAUCUUUGUGAUUGUGGCGUUACGAUCGCGAAGCAGAAACACAGAGUUCCUAGAUGGAAGUAGCCUAGAGCCUCGUCAUUUCAUUGGCAAGAGAAUCUCGUACUAUGAUAUGCUCCGUGCAACAGACAACUUUGAUGAAAGUAAUUUGAUUGGGAGUGGAAGCUAUGGUUCGGUAUACAAGGCGGAAUUUGCUGAUGGGGUGAUUGCUGCUGUGAAGGUGUUCAAUCUGGAUUUGCAGGCUGCAUUCAAGAGCUUUGAUGCAGAGUGCAAAGCAAUGCAUGAUAUUCGCCACAGAAAUCUUGUUAAGGUCAUUGGUAUUUGCUCGAACUUGGAUGUUAAAGCCUUGGUGUUUGAAUACAUGCCAAAUGGAAACUUGGAAAGGUGGCUUUACAGCUUCAAUUAUUACCUAGAUUUUGUUAAAAGGUUAGAAAUCAUGUUAGAUGUGGCAUAUGCACUAGAGUAUCUGCAUCAUAAUUAUCUGCACUCUGUGGUGCACUGUGACUUGAAGCCUAGCAAUGUCCUCUUAGAUGAAGAUAUGGUUGCACAUUUAGGUGACUUUGGAAUAGCCAAAAUCUUGACUCUACAGAACCAGGCUGCACAAACAAAUACAUUAGGCACCAUUGGGUACAUGGCACCAGAGUAUGGAGUUGCCGGAAUAGUUUCUGCAAUGGGGGAUGUUUACAACUAUGGGAUUCUUUUAGCAGAAACUUUUACAAGAAAGAAGUCCACAGAUGCAAUGUUUUCUGGAGAUCUAACAAUGAAAAGAUGGAUUCUUGAAUCAUUUCCUAGUGACAUUUUGCAGACAGUGGAUAGCAAUUUGGUGGUGCAGGGUGUAGAAAAUUUUGCAGUGAAACAAUUUUGA